CUGGAAUGUCAAGCCCACUGGCAAGGGCGUCCUCCAUCUGACCUCCACGGCCAGCUGGCACCGCGAACGUCGUUCUCAAGCUAUCCGCUUUCCUGAAUUCUGUAACACCUAUUUUCUCGUCUUGAGUCCCUCUGCCGUUGUCUCUGCACCGUCUCUCAUUUGCUUCGCUCACUCGUUAACAUCUCCAUCUCAUGUCUGCCCCGCCCUCCCCCAACAUCGGUCAAGUAGCUCAUGACAAAGGACGUACGAAACGAAGAGACAGGCCCCCGGCGUUGAACGUUGGUGACCCCAAGUCGACGUCGGACGGGGAUGUACGAUACGAGCGUGAUCAUCGCAGAGACGCGCAGCGGACUGUUCCACGUACUCAGAAGACGGUCGGCCAGAAUCUGGAGACGGAUGCACAAGGACCUCGUUCGCCUUCGGCCACCUCGUCGCUGGAUCCCUACUACUUCAGCGUGCAGAGCCCGCCUGAGUCCCCCAUCCCGCCUCUACCUACGUCGCGUUCUAUGCCGAGGACCCCAGAGAUGCAUACCGUGCACGAGCCGGUCACGCCCGGCAGGGAUCCCGCUGCUAUCGACAGGCGUGGGCUGGUGGGGGUGGGAGAGUUGGCGACCCCGAGAUGGGUGCGGGGUCCCCGCCAUGAUGAGGUCGAGAUCGACGAACAACUAGACGAAGUGGAAGAGGAACCGUCGCAAGGAGAAGAUGGCGUAGUGAUGGUGGACGAGGAGCAAGACUUGCCUGAUAGUCCGUGGACCAUCGAAGCGAUUGACGGUGAACCGGAGGAGAACGAUGACCUCCUCGAAGUGCAACCCAUAUCGCGCCCUUUGCGAUCCAGGCGUUCCGUAGCCGAUGAAAGCGGGGGCGAAGAGAUCCUUUAUCCUCGUCAUCCUCUGCCCAUUGACGACAGGAGACGCGCAGAAGGGCCGAAUGCACACGUUCAGGAUAUGUCUUCAUUGGAAGAUGCUACUUUCUCAGCCGAGUUUGAGCCUGUUGCUUCCAUGGCGCUUCAAUCCGAGACUGUCUCCCCGCCCAGUGCUUUUGCGGCAUCUACCAAUCGGCCCCGCAAGCGCACCUCGGAUGAGUUCGAGAUGGAUCACGCAGGCAUGUUGGUAGCGAAGUCAACGAUGGCGUCGAACACCCCCAAGGAUAAGGAGAAGGUUCGCAGACACAAGAGCCUUGGCGUCCCAGCGGCGACCGCCGCCCUCGUUAGGGAGAAAGUAAAGGAUCGACGAAGGGAUACUCUGUCUAUCAACGUCAAGCACCAGAGGCAGACUUCGGCGAGUUCUUCGUCUUCCAGUCACGGCGACGCUCAUCCGUCCCGUCGCAUUCACGCGUCUGAUUUCUCACAUCUCCCGCCGUCACCAUCUUCGUCCUCUAUCCAACAGUUCCUGAAGCAAAGCGGCACUGGUAGCAAGACAACCUCCCCUUCUCACCAUCCGCUGAAGGAGAAGGACUCAUCAUCACACCUGCCAUCCAACAUGGUCGCUCAUUCUCUCCUUCGCGGUACGCAGGAGGGGUGGUCCGACUUGGACGACCAAGCGACAAUGGAGGCUCUGCGGAAGCUAGACGGGCUGUCGGGCCGGAGCGCUCGUGCCAGAUCUAGCAUUGGUGCUCACAGUCGACUGGGGAGCUCGAGCCGUCCGAGCACUCCUGCAGGUGCCUCUGGUCAGUGGGAAGGCAUCGAAGGUGGCCGAAGCAGUAAGCGGCUGAGCACUCACGCUGCCAAGGAUAGAACGAAGGGCGAGCACGUAGCGUCACAGCGUCAAACAGUUGGUCUCGGUAUUGCAGGGGCGGAAGUCUCCGUGGAGACUGAGGUCCACGGUACUACGUCCCACUCUGGCGAGGAACUACACAGCAACUCACCACUGCCCGAGAAAUCAUCCCUCAAGAAGUCGAACUCCAUUACACGCUCGAGCCUCAGCGCGAAGCGUGGUUCUGCGUCUUCGGGGACGUACACGAGCACUCCCACGACGAGUUCCAGGGAUUCUGCCACGUUGUCCAUCAGCACCAGUGCUACGUCCGUCUCCGUCUCUUCUGGCCGACAGUCGUCCAACAAGGCGAAGCGUAACAGCGCAAGCAGCGAAAUGUCUGGCUUCAGCGGGGAGGCCAGUUAUAUGCGUGAUCGCGCCGCAUCUCUCGCUGGAGCUGCUGAAUCCUCCGAUGAGCAACGUGUACCUCCUGUGCCGCCUCUACCCAAGGACAUCUCUAGCUACAAGCAGCAGCCUCAGACCCCGUCGACGGUGGUCUCUCCGGCGCCUGAGGUCCCAGGAUCAAGCAGGUCGAAGCGGGAGACGGUCAGCGACAUGAGAUUCCAGUCAUCGCUCGAGGUCCCCUCGUUCCCUUCCACUCCCUCGAAGCACGCCUCUCUCCAGGUCCAAAAGUCCGUCACGACCCCGACCAGCAUCCAGAAGACACCGUCGAAGAAAUGGAGUUUCUCGAAUGUCAUGGGCAAGAAACUGUCGAACUCGCCCUCGAUCUCGUCGAUGAAUGAGGCUGCCGCCAGGUCUCCUGGUCUGCCUAUCAGUCCUCGUACGUUAACGUUCGGAGCUCAACUGAGGAAAUCUGUGUCCAAGGAUCGUACGCGCUCGCCAACAUCCAAGGCAUCUGCUGACGAUUGGUCACCUAUCAACUCCGCCAUGGCGUCGGCGACCUCACUGGCAUCCGUGUCAUCCGUUGGCUCGACCCGCGGCUCUCUUCGGGAUCCCCUGUCGCCUGGAGCCUCACUGCAUGCACCGUCGCAGACGCCGGAUCGCUCGGUACCCAGCCGAUCGGAAACCGCUUCGAGCGCCAGCACCAAUGUGCCAGCUCAGGCACCCCUCAGUCCUUCGUCUUCCCUGCGCCGAGGUCCGUCUACAAAACGGCUCACGCCGUCCUCGAUCCCAUUCUUCCGCCGAUCUUCCUCACAGUCGAUGGCGUUGCCACCGUCUAACACGAUGCCUCCACCGCCCUCCCCGACGUCUAGCGGUCUGGGAAGUGCGUCGACCCGCGUUCAUCUACUGGAAAGUCAUUCACCUGUACAUGACACGAGCUUGACAUCUCCCACGAGCUCAUCGCAUAAGAAGUCGUCAGUAUUGAGUUUGGGCCUCCCGUCAUUGCUUAAGGGUUCCAGCUCAAGGAGGAGUUUGCACUCGGACAGGGAGAAGAGCGAUUCGAAGAGCGUCAAGGACACGUCAAGUUCGAAGGACUCCGACCGAGAGAGCAAGAAGAAGGACGACAAAGAUCGAAGCGAGAGUAGGAUCUCCGUGCUCAUGGGUAGGAAGCGAGGAAAGACGCUGUCAUCUGCUCAGCCGACUCCGAGGAAGGCGGAGCCUAUGCCUCUGCCGCCGAUGCAGAUAUCUGCGUUGCCUGCGGCAACUGCGCAACGAGUUGCCAGCCUGAAAUCGACCUCUUCCUCGUCUAGUUCAUCCAACCCGUCAUCCUCGGCAACUGCGAGACUGGCCUCGUCACGAGCUACCUCCCAGACUGCUAGCUCCAUGCAGAAGCAGUCCGAUUCAUCGCUUCGUGGUAGGAACCAGUUGCCUACUAUCGCUGGUUCUCCUUCAGUCGGCAGCAUCAAUUCCCAGGUCUUCAAAGAGCCCAAGGAGCCACCUCCGUCAUCGUCCUUGAACCCCACGUCGAGCCUCACAAAGGACACCCCUACGAAGAUACCCCGCAUCUCUAGCCGGUCCUCGACGACGAACUCUCCUACGCUUAAGGGCAAUGGCGCCGGUCGCAGGGCGAGCCUACUGGUUGGUAGUUCUGCAUUGUCCGGCUCACGUGGAAGUUCCCCCGCUGCCACGGCCGAGUCAAUGAAUGAAUUCGGCGUGCUCGAGAACGGGCACGCUGCAGGUGCUAAAACUGCUACGACGCAACGUCAUUCUGUCCGGGCAUCUCCGUCGACUUCAUCGCGUGUUCCUAGACAGGUGUCCGCCCCAACGUCGUCCACGACCAACGGCACUAUACCGCGCAAGAACCGCGAGUCCAUGUCGUUUGCAGGGUUACGCAAGUCGUCAACUGGCUCGGUCGCGUCCAUCUCAUCAGUUGCUCAGCAAAAUGACUCUGGUCCUUCGCAUCGGUUCUCUGCGUUGUCGCCUUCCAAGGGCCUGAAGCUGCUCAGCCCCAAGUUGUCAUUGCCAACGUCCCGGUCUUCCAACUCCUCUUCGACGCACAGCAUACAGCAAGCCAUGGCAUCGCCCUCAUCGAGCAGGCAGUCGUUGUCAACUCCUUCCCCCGCACCUAGUUCUAUCGACGAGGAUGAGUUACUAGGUGACGAAGAGAUGAUGCAGUACAUUAAGAGGCAACACGCAAAGAAGCUCGCCAGCGGCGCCAACCAGGAAGACCUGGAUGCCAUGCUGAAGUUUCCGGAGCCGAUUCCGCCGACGACUGCCGUCACUCCCGCUGCCCUUCUCAAGAGUACGCAAGCUCAGUACCUUUCGGACUUCGAGAAGCGGGAGAUGCUAGAUUACCCCUCUGUCUAUUGCUAUGGGGCACACAGCGACAAGAAACCUGCUACUGUCGACAAUGCAACGAACAACCAUGGUUAUGACGAUGACCGUGGUGAUUACCUCGUCGUUAACCACGACCACUUGGCCUAUCGGUACGAGGUGAUUGACACACUGGGCAAGGGGUCUUUUGGACAAGUGCUGCAUUGUCGCGACCACUGCACGGGUGAAUCGGUGGCUGUCAAAAUCAUCCGUAACAAGAAGAGGUUCCACCACCAAGCCCUAGUGGAGAUCAAGAUUCUGGACAAUCUACGCAAAUGGGAUCAGGAGGAAAAGCACCAUGUUAUCAAGAUGACGGAGCAUUUCUACUUCAGAAACCAUCUCUGCAUCGCUACGGAGCUUUUGAGCAUCAACCUUUACGAGCUCAUCAAGGCGAAUGGCUUCGUUGGCUUCACCACUGCUCUGAUUCGCCGCUUCACCAGUCAGAUGCUACAGUCCCUAUCCCUGAUGCGUCAUCAUCACAUUGUUCACUGCGAUCUAAAGCCCGAGAAUGUGCUGCUGAAACAUCCUGCGAAGAGUGCCAUCAAAGUCAUCGACUUCGGCAGUAGCUGCUUCGAGCAUGAGAAGAUCUACACGUACAUCCAGAGUCGGUUCUACCGGUCUCCAGAGGUCAUUCUCGGGAUGAAUUACCACAUGGCUAUUGAUAUGUGGAGCUUGGGUUGUAUCUUGGCCGAGUUGUACACGGGCUUCCCAAUCUUCCCUGGCGAGAACGAGCAAGAGCAGUUGUCGUGUAUCAUGGAGGUCCUUGGCGUACCCGACAAGGAUUUCAUCAACCGCAGCUCGAGAAAGAGGCUAUUCUUUGAUACGUCUGGUGCACCUCGUCCGGUAGUGAACUCCAAAGGUCGACGGAGAAGACCCGGGACGAAGAGCCUGGCUCAGGUCCUCCGUUGUGACGAUGAAACAUUCGUAGACUUCAUUGCAAAAUGCCUAGUAUGGGACCCGGAGCGUAGGAUGAAGCCACAAGCUGCGCUACGCCACCCUUUCGUUACUGCGGGUCGGAGAGCGAAGAUCACUAGCCCUACCCCGGGGACGGCGAGGGCAUUGCUGUCCUCAACAGCGAGCUUCACUAGCAGUCGUAGCAGCAAGCAAGUGACGGAGACUCCGAAGAAAUCCAUGAUCAGCGCGCCGACGCCUCUCACCGCUCGUUCAACACGGACCACUGGUACAGUACCGAACACGCCCAGCAAUUCUAGUUCUUUACAUGCCGGUCUCGGAUCAUCAAGGACGUAUCGCACAUCGCAGGCGCAGUCGAUAUCGUCGUAUCACUCCAGUCGCACUAUGACUGCGAAGUGAUCACCUGUUAUCUGGCUUGCAGGACUCAUCGCCCCUCUAGCAGAGCUCGCCAGAAAUGCAUAUAUUAAUCAUCACGCUGACGACCUUCAGGCUGGUCUGGUUUCCUCGCUGCAUACCCCUCGGUUUUCUGUAUCUUAUUAGUACACAUCGCUCUGAACUGCUCGUUUGAUGACGAUUUCUUACGCCGUUGUUGUUAUUCGCUCCUCAUCGUUACUACACAACUCAUACUCGCAUACUCAUUCUGCAUUCCAAUAUAUCAUGCUUGGCUUAUACAAAGUCAAGCAGUUUUCAAUUGCUGGAUCA